AUGGAUUUCUGUGAUAUGCUGAACAAUCCUGUCUACAAUUCCGCUUUGGCUGUUUAUGAGAAAGCUGAAAUGUAUUUAAAUUUGAUGUGGCAGCCGACUGCUCCUGAUAACACCAUCAUGAAUUAUGCCAUCGGUAAGUACUUGACCCGCCAGUCGUACGGGCUGUCCGUUGUCUGCUUAAUGUUCCUGGUAUAACGUAUUAUGAAGGUCAGUCGGCAUUCAGCUGUGAGUAGCAUGUUCCUAUUGGCUUAAAGGGCAGGACAUCGUUUAGCUAUUGUGACGUUGAAAAUGGCCAUCUGAAUUUGUGCAGAUAUAUGAGAUUCGUUUCUUUUUGUUAGACCUAGAGUGUGGCGUGCUUAGAAUCCUCAAUGGUGCGUUAGACUUUCGUGUAAGGCUUGAGCGUGCUAGCAACUGAAGAUGGGCUAAAACUGUCUCCUGACGCGUAAUAAGCCAGAAGCGAAUAUUCCAGUGUUCCUGUUUUUUUACGCUGGCAUUUCUCGAAAUGAAAAUUUACCUUCCUUGAGCGUGCGCUUCUCGGGUUUGCAGCAGCCACCAUGAUAGUUAACGUAAGCAAUUAUUUUUACUUUAUUGGUGGCAGUAGUAGUAUUUUGCACGACUUACUUCCGCUCAUGCUGGUGUGAUCAGUAAACUGGUCAUGGAAUUCGGUUUUCCUUAAAAUAUUCUUUCAUCUACACCCUCAAUCAGUUUUCCUUCAAUGCGCAUUACCCCUGAGAUAUAAAUCCCACAAAGUGGUGGUUUUAUUUAAAGAAAUUCUCGCCUGUUGUGUGGUUUGGAAGACGGAGGGUCCGAUAAUGUUGAAUAACUUCCAAUAAAAUGGCCCCUUUUUCAGGAAAUGUUUUUCCUCAAGAUUACCAUAAUUGCUCUCGUAUCUGCAUCUGAAAAGUAGACAUGCGUUUGAAUGACUGUUGUCUACCGGACAUCCACUGCUACAUAGACCAUGCAAAUCGUCAGUUAGUCCCAUUUCUGAUUAGUAUGGCCUUUCCGAUCCAGAAAUUUAUUCAGUUUGUUGAAACAACAUUUGUCACAUUAAGUGCAUAUAGGCAAAUGAAGUGGGAGCAAUGGGGGGUAACCCGAAAAACUGACGACCAUUAUAUUUGCAGAGCACAAUGGUAACAACAAACGAUCAUUGCUUCAUUGGCCAGACAGGAUCAUCGACCCUCAGUGUCUUUUCAUCCGUUGUUGUUCAAUAGACCUAUUAAACCCGAUUUUUAUGUCCGAUUUCGAAAAGGUUUUCAUUUCUGUUCACAACCCGUUCACGAAUAACGAGUGGACUAUCAAACGUUUUGGUACUAGGGGAAUAUUUCACGUAUCCCCUGCGAUUUUCACUCAGCACUUACUGUGUGAGCUGACAACUUUCCCAAAGCAACAAAUUAGCACCUCGAAUGAAAGUGUGAUGUUUUUGUAUUUUUAAUCCACUCUAAGCGAACCGGUGUCAUUUUUCUCUUCCUUAGGAAUAGAUUUGUUGUCAUGUUGCUCGAACAAUGUUUGGUUGUCCAAUAUGCCGCAGAGCGCAAUAAACACAAGAACAGACUGAUAUUCAAAGUGAAUAGGACUUUUUUAUGUUGCGACUUCAAACUGCCUUGAUUUUACUGUCGUUGACCGCUCUUCCUCCUCAUGGGCUUCUAUUUCUGUGCUUUUCCAUUGUAACUCCUGUGUUCGGGAGCGAACAUGUUGAUUAAGCAGUUUUUACCCCCUUCUGUUUGUUCAUAUUCAAGGCGAAUACUAAAAGAAUACUAAAGUGUCGGCCGGCUCGCCCUAUAUUCCUAACGAAAGCGCUGUCUUUAGCGCUUUGUUCAAGGUCCAGCCCUGUUUCUGUUACAAGUUAAAUAUUCUCCUGGUGGGAAAAGAUGACUAACUUCCGUUGUGGAGCAUGGGGCAUGGAGAGAGGGACCACCGGAGCCAUGGGCUGAGUCGGGCAACGUUCCUAUCAGGUGGCUUUUGGGGAAAGUCUUAGGCAAACCAGUCUGACUCGGAUGUUACGGAGUACUGUCCUUUAAUCCUACUGUUUGUGAGUAGUGCCCGCGUUGGACUUUCUUUCUUAUAACCGUUUGAAGGCUGCAUUUAACUGCAUUGAUAUGUUCCUUAGAAGAUUAAUCGGUAAUAUCGCAGUUGGUAGCCAGGCAUUGUACGGUAAUACUGUCGACGUACGUACUUGUUAUCAGUAGGUGUGCUCUUACUGAGUUAGGCAGGUCGCUCGUUUCGGUCAGGCUGUUGGGUUUAGUGAGGGUUAGGGUUAGGUGUAGGUUAAGUUUUAGGAUUAGGGUUUGCGUUUUAGGGUCAGGUUUCAGUGUUAGGGUUAGGGUUCCCUUUAGGGUUACGGUUAAGGUUAGGCUUAUGACUAGGUUUUGGGUUAGCGUUGGGUUUUAGGAGUUUGGUUACGUUUCGGUUUUGAGGCUUGGGGCUAGGCUUUACGGUUGAGUUCAGGGUUGGAUUUUAGGGUUAAGUGUAGGGUUUGCAUUUCUGCCAUUAUUCCACCUACUUAAAACUUCCCAGCACUUUCGCUGGUAACUUUACUUUUACCCAGACACUCCAGCAUUCCUCUAUGAGCCCUUCCAUUUACCCCACCCAUAUAACCCCCUGUCCCACCAUUCCCGUGCGACAGGGACCUGGCUGUCCGCCUCCCCAUUCCUGGCUACCAAUUGCGAUCUAACCGAUUAAUCAUUCCAUACAAUUCGUGUGAAAAUUGGGGCUUAUAUUAUAAAUAUUUAUGUGCCACCGUUUAUUGUGUAAUUUCUGAUGGAUUGUAAAAUUGCUACAUUUUUAAUUAGCCCUCAUUUUUCUGGAAUUUCUAAUAAUAAAUAACUCUACUCACGAAACGCCCUGGACUAAAUCAAGUCUCUCAUUCGUAAACGGUAGUUAAUCCUCCUGGUCAAGAUCAAUUAUGUGAACUCAGCAGCAGGACAUGGCAAUAGGUACGCCCCGCCGAAGUGAUAAAGCUGGACCUGCGCAUAAUUCUGGAAAGACAAAAUAUUCCCCUGUUCUAACCCCAACAAAAACCCUUAUACAGAACCAGGCCGUUUCCUUAGUCUUAACGCUAACCAUACCAUAAACCUUAACUCUGCAGUCAGAACCAACCCCUUCCGUAGUCCAAACCUUGGCCAUAAUUUGCCUUACCGUUAACUUGUAAUCUAUCCUUAAACCUAGUCCUUAACCUACCCCUAACUCUAACCUCAAGCCUAACCCUAAUGUCACUAGAAAUUGGCUCAAAGCUACCCGUAUUGCCGGCGGUUCCUGUACUCAUGUCCUGGUUAGGGGGCCAUAUAAUUCAGUCCUACCUUUCUGUGUGAUCUUACCAGGGUCGAUGCAGGUUUUGGUUCCCUCUGAUGCAGAAACCUCGCCGAUGUGCUCAUAUUACGAUCUGCGUAAAGUGCUUACCAAGUACCUUUUUGGAGAAAUCAGGGACUGUCGUGCCCGCUACUGCGCCAGUAAUGGCACAUAAUAGAUCAGAUUACAGAUAAAUGACUGCACACGUAGGAAAACUCUCUGGACGGGAAAUAUGGCACGCAUGCCUGCUUCGUCGCAUGCUCCCACGAACUUCUUCCGGUGAUGUGGCAACAUGACUCACUGUCAUCAAACCAGGAGGCUUUCCAACCCCCGGACGCUGGUGAUGAUGAAUCAGUGUGAGACGCUGGCGGCUGCGCAGGGGGGCACAGCUACUCAGGGCUUGACCUCGUUCGCGCCCAGUUCGCCAGCAGCCACGGGCUCCAUCGGGGACCGAAAGUGGGCCCGAUGGAGGACAGUCGUUGCCACGGCAAGACAGCUUGCACCCGCGCGCGCGUGUAACACGCAGCGUCCACAACUUACUCCUCUGUGAUCCCUUUAAAGCAUUCUUUCUCUUGCCUGGUUGUUUGAAAACCUCCGGCAAAUGCACGGGAAUCCUUUUAUUUCCUGCCUGUGACCUGCUUACUGGAUAUCCUUGAUGCAUUUCUAUCCCAUCAUUUCAAUUCCCCGGUCAUUUGCACACUGGGGUAUAUAAGGUUACUAGGGUCUACAGUCGGUCGGAUUUCCUUUCGUGGCCGUGCCUGCAGUUGACAUGCCCUAGGCUAACCCCAACCCCUAACACCCUAAUCCAAACCCCUAACCACAACUCUCACCCCUAACUCUAACGCCAACCCCUAACCCCAGCCUCUAACCAUUAACCUCAACAUCUAACCCCAACCCCAUAACCCUAACCCCUAAUCCGAACCCCUUACAGGUACGGCUAUGAAGUAAGAUCUUGCCCUAGAGUUUUCAAGUCGUGUGAUAAUUAAUAUAGCAAGCUUACCGCUUGGUGCGUUUUUCCUAUUCAUCCCGGUACACUGGAAGGGGUAUUAUAUUUUCCGAGUCUGCAAUCUGACCACUUACAUCUACAAUAACAAUAAUUGGGGGCCACAGAAUCACCUCGUUUUGGCCUUAGAUCUGACAAGUCGGCAAACAUGCCCGAUGAGGGGUGGGUGUUUUUUAACGAACAGACGCGCAGUGUUCAAAGACUACUUGCCAGGGUGCUUUCUGCAUUUUUGGAAAUGAUCGGUUACUUUGCGUAUCAUAUUCGCACCAAAGCAGGAAGCAGGAUCGCACCUUAAACUUCAUUUCUUAUAUUCUUCUUUGCGUUUAUUUUAGCUAAACACGGCACACUGAAUUUCUUGAUGGCUACCCACGCCAUGUUGCCUUCCGAGGACUGUUUUAGACGUAAGUUCCUCUAUCAGGAUUUGUAUGAAUGUCUAACUGGGCUCCUGUCAAAGUGUAUCCCUGUGGUCCUCAACAGGUCGCCGCAAGCCAUGCCUGUCGGUAGUUGUCAACGUUAGCAGUGCAGUCAAAGCCUGACCGAGUUGAAACCACCUUAUAUAGGAGGCAUGCGGAUUAUAAGUACUGAGGAAUAAUAAUCGGACUGGGCAUUUAUGGUUUAUAUGUCGUCGACAGUUCAUCCACCUUGGGUCCGAGUAUUAUCAAGCUUUUCCUGCCGUCUCCAGGACUGUCAGCACUAUCGCCAUGAAAUUAAGCUGAAAACAACUAUUUAAAUAUCUGAGUCAUUUAACGAGUGUAUAAUAUGGUACCGGCGAUUGUUAGACGCCAAGCUGAGACUUUUGACUACUGCGGCCUCUAAAUAAGAUGGCGCUUUUGGCUGACAGAGCUCAAUGAUCAGUCAAAGGCAGCUCCUGUCAACGACGUUAUGAAAGGCCUUCGUUUCAGAUUACUUACUGAUGUGUUCAGUCAGUCCACGGCUUUUGUCAUGACUCUUACCUGGAUUAGCGCCCUGUAGUGGGUAUCUGCAAAAACAUUGCGGGGUUUCAUACUCCAGGACCCGGAGAGAAUUUUGACCCAACAUUCUUCGGUGUUUUAAAACGAAAAGCCAAUUGGUCGGCGAAUGCUAAGUCGACGGGCUCAUCUCUCGUUCGGUGAACAUGUCGGCGAUCGAUCAAAUACGGCCUCGGCACAAAACUUACCACAUUUUACCGGAUCCCCGAUGAUCAGCCUACUCGAAAGGCGAAUGCGAUAUGCUCUGUGGCUAAUCUGCCCUUUGCAAAAAUGAAAAUACACAGCCAGCAAGUUUGUCUGCUGACCACAGUCGAAACCAAAAGGAAAAAUAUUAUAGAAUGCAAAGCUUCACUGUCAUCCCUCAGUUCAUCAAUGAAGCUACAGUAACGCCUGUCUGCACACUUGCUAGAGCCUGGGAAACAUCGUCGGCUAGCUUAGUAUUUUAGAGAGUGCCUCGUGAAGUCUCGUAAAACAGAACUUUAAGUCCGGGUCGCCUGGCUUUUAUUCAUAGGAGAUGCCUGUGGAUUCUAGGUCUUUUGGCCAAAGGACGGCCUGUCAUAUAUUUCUCGGACGAAAAACAUAAACUUCGACCCUGCCUCGAACCACCUUAACGAUGAAACACCCCUGCCUCUUCUUGGUUUUAUUUUGGUGACCUCAGACACCAAAAAUUACCCUCAUUUGUGCCUUUGAAUGUGGUCUGUUGUGAUCUUGGUAGUUUUUAUUUAUGGCCUUAAAGACCUCACACAGCGACACACGACUUUGAAUAUGUCCUGACUGACUCGAAAGAGGCCACAGUAGUGUUUGAGUAAAAGAAGUGCAACCUUCAGAUAUGACAACUCUCGAUAUAGUAGAUUAACAGGUCUGACUGAAACUUCAUUCACAUGAAAAGCCCCCAAACUCUUUACUGAAAAGAUUUUGGACAGAUGGCCGAGAUAUUUCUUUUGAAGGUCUUGCGAACCUCUUCAUGAGAGAAUUGGAAAAACUGUAGAGUAGUUGCAAUUUUUGCGCCUUGCGAAGGCUUUGUGGAGGCACAUUGAGUUUUCGAAGGCGAAGGUAUUAAGGCGGAAUUUAGAACACCCAUUUAAAGUAUUGUUCGGUCAUUUCAUUUCACUACGGGUUGCUUCUUACCUGCCGUUGUCCGAGUGUACUCUUAGUUUGACACUGGGGAAGGGGGGGAGAGAAGGAAGAAUUGGAUGAGUAUGUACUUCCCCAUACUUAGGCGGGCGCGACUUCCGCGUGGUGCGACUAGGUCUGACCGCAGCCGGCAUUGUGUAGGUCAGUAGCUCGGGGAUCGGCUAUUCUGGGCUCGGUUCAAGACCACUGACUCAGGUCGAAGGCUCACAUCACUCCAGCCUGGGCUCAACUCAGGACCGGUCGUUCACGCAAUUGCACCUCUUCUGGCACGUCAAUUUCAGUUAAACAGACUGUCAGGUAAGAGUUGGAACAGAUGACUUUGCCUAGGUUUGAUUUCCAGAUCUCUCAGUUGUCUGCAAAAUAAGUCUGAAACACUGAACUAGUUGUCUAAGUAGCUAACGGCUCUCCUCUAUCCUUUUUAGCCUGGGAGAUCAAAACGUUAAUGAACUUGCCGUAUAACUGGAUAGGUAAUAUGCCACCGCAAACUGAUGUACAGGAAGUUGUAAAGUUCAUCGCAAACUUUCACAGUAAGUUGUGCUUCGUUUGGAACAAUUUGUUUCUAGCCCAGGCCCAGUCCGUGACUUGGUGUUACAGCCAAAGGUCCUUUUCCGAAGUUUAUUUUAAAUAAAACAAUUUGCAUAACAUGGAGCUAUUGAGAUGGUUUGUUCACAGAAGAGGCAAAAUCACUCCGCACUCCCAGUAAAGAACCAGUUACUCCAUCGACAGGGGUCUCACCUCUUCCCUUAAGUCUAGUGUGGGGCUGGAAAUCCGUUUAAUUUCCGCCUAAGUAGCCUCUUUUGGGUUUGUCAAUCAUUCUAAGGAACGCCUGGCAGCCCAAAUACUGCUUCUCAUUGGUCAUUCAUGCAGUAAAUUUGAUAACUCGUGAAAUGUUAACCGAAAUGCUGAAAUGCGUUUUCAACUCGAAAAGAUUACUUAAGUAGGGUUGCAGUAUUACUCACCAUACAGCAUAAUCCAAGAUAUUUCAGUUACACCUCGAUGCCGGCUUUUGAACAAACUUCUUUUCAGCCGUCUGCGGAACCUGCAUUCGACAAAAACAACUACUUAAGUAGUAUGAUUUUUUCUCAUCGAUUUUCGGCGCCCUUUUAAAUUCAGAUAUAUUUCAUAGAAAACAUGCAUAAAAGUACUCAUUUGGUGGAGACUUACGAAUUCUUUAAAUUGUCUACUAGAAGGAAGGAUAUAAUUCGGUUUUAAAAUCUUAUAAUUAUGAGAUUUUUUGAAAGCGUGAAAUGCCCGCUCAUAAAGCAUCUUAUCUCUGCACUUACUAAUGUUGCUUGUAAAGUGUGCAAUAUGGCUCAACUCCACUGCCUAAUUUUAUGAGCCCCGUACUUUCUCCUCUUAAUACCGGAUAUAAUUAUGUGAUUUUCCUUUCACAUAAAAUAUACUGCAUGUAGUUUGGAAACCCUGAAUUCAAAUGUAAAGGCGGGUCGAGUUCAGAAUUACUCUGGAAUCUGAAAAGUUUUUAAAAACCGAAUAAUACCCUUCUUUCUGGUAUAAAAUUUAUGGAAGUUGUAAGUUUCAACCAAAUGAGUAAAAGAAUGAAUACGUUUAUGCAUAUUUUCUAUGAAAUAUGUCUGACUUUAAAAGGGCGCCGAAAACCAAUAAGAAAAAUCCAUACUAAUUAAGUAGUCGUUUUCGCAGUGUAGCUUCCGCAGGCGGCCGAAAAGAAGUUCAUUCAAAAGCUGGAAUCAGAAAGUUACUGAAUUACUUCGGGAUUAUGCUGCGUGAUAAUUAAUAUUACAACCCUACUUAAUCAAUCUUUCCAAGUCGAAAACACAGUACAAAAUUUCGGCUAACAUUUAACGAGUUAUCACAUCUACUGCAGGUCCGUGUGAACUUAUCAUGCCAAAGUGGAACCGCUUUUCGACUUGUACACUAUGCAAGGUGGACUAGAGUGAUUCGACUAGGCUUUUCAGUCAUAGUUGACGUACGUAUACAAUAAACUCGCUAUAACAGUCGGUUGUAUUUCUGCCUCUGAGACUAUGAUUGAGACUGCCUCAUCCGCCUGCUUAUUGCAUCAAUCGACGCUGGGGAAAUGUCGAAAGUAGAUAGUGAAAGUAAACGAAGUGGACUGCAGUAAGUUAACCAUUUUGGAGGUCGUAGAAAACGCUAGUGGCAUUGUCUGGAUGCCGCUUUUGAUAGAGUUUCAAGCAAAAAUGUUGGAGACAUUUUUUCCGAUUAGACAGUCGUUCUCACUCUGCAAGAGUUGGUGGUGGAGUCUGGUUUGACGCCAUCCUAAUCUGCUUCAUAAUUCAAUCUUUUUCAUUGUUACUUCAACUCCAGCAAGUAUGAUUCUGUGGUCGGCGCCCAUCAGGCAUGCGCCGAAAGUGAUCUUGCCAAUAAAAACAAUGAAGCUUCUGUGUCUGAUGGGUCUACCGUUUUGGAAGUAAGACUCGAUGUAUUGCAGUAACUAGGGGCCAAACCACCGAACCCCGAAUGUAAUUCUCAUGCUCUACAAAAGGAGUAUUGCAGCCGCGUCGGUCGGCUGAGCCGUUAGUUCAUAUUCCCUUCCUCCUGACUCUAGCCGCCAAUAUCUUUUGUUUCAGCGACUCUUCUAUUGAGACUGCGAGGGAAACCACCUAAAUCUGAAUAGAUAACAGUGUCACAGAAACUUCACCCGGUUCACAUUUACAGUAAUUGUUGCAUUUUUAAGGCACGCGGAGAAUUAUAGAAUUUGCAUACGUAAGACUAUCUUGUAAUUCUUUCAGUUGAUACCCCACCCCAUUGUUUGCUGUUUCUUUUGAUAACCGGAUGCAUCCACAUUGUUUAAAAUAAUCGUAUGCUUGGAUGAUGCGCCCACUUCACUGAUUUGUACAUUCUCGACCAGGAUAAAGGACACUGGCGUAGCUUACACCAACCUCCGUGGUCUGUGCGACGUUGGUGCCCUUCGAGUGUUAGUGUUAUCCAUCGUGCAUAAGAGUUAAUGACAAGCAUAAAAUAAUUGUCCGAAAAACAUCGCAUGAGUUAACUGGUGUGAUCUUAUUAUUGAUGUUGGAGUGCGUUGCUGCAUGCUUCACCGGAAGCCGCAGUGAAAUAUUUUGACUCGGUUCGGUCUGUGCUCUUCGUGACACGACGUCUCUAGGCCUCCAGCCUGAGUCAUAAAGUUAUAUAAUUAGGUAACAUUUACGAGCGUUCCUAGUCUAUUGAUUGCUCCAAAUUACCACCUUCGAAGUUAACUCUGUGGUCUCAUGUCUGGAGCUUUUACCCUUUUCUGGAUUGAGAUUGCUCGGUCCAAGUUCUUACCAAGCUCCCCAAUGGUAGGUAGGCAGCGGAACUGAAUAACAACGCCAAGCCGUCCAGAAAUUGUAGUUUGUUUUCCUUUCGCCCUGUGUAAAAUGCUGUCAAGGUUUUUUACACGCUGAUAUCGAUACGGUAUACUUACUUUGAUAAGACACGGGAUUAGGGACCUCCGUUAAACCUUUAACCCUGGUCCUAGCUCCAAUCUCCCUGGAAAUUAGCCCAAAGCUACCCGUAUUACGGGGAGGGGGGGGGGAGUUCCUAUUCCCGUGUUCUGCCGUUGCUUUUCAAAAAAGGGUACUUUCGGAGAAUUAUCUGGCCCUGAUAGCAUAUGCACCUAAACUCGGGUGAAAAUCCCCAGAGUUGUCGAAUUUACUAUAAGUCUCAGAUGAACCAGAAUCGUGUUACGCCCAAGUCAACUGCUAAUUAUGCCUUGACGUCGACCAGGAACGGAUAUUGAAAAACUCGAAUAACCAAAACGAUGUGCUUCUAUCCUAAAUCUCUCGCCCCACUAAACUAUCUGUCUCUGUUGUCCCUAACAGUAUAGCCCAGGCGAUAGAAGUCUUCAAACACAUUGUAUAACUCAGUUUAUUUCUUAUUCUCCUAAUCAUUCAUUCUGAGGUACCAUGAGUAGAAAAAACUGCGGUAUAUUUCUUCACGCUCGAUGUUUACAGUAUUUUUCUUGAUUCUGUCACCCAAAUACCCCGUAGUUACAGCUCUCGUGUCCAAAUUAAGCAAGACAUUCCUCUCAAUUUGGUUGGGGUAUCUCUCGUAUCAACCGACUGUGCACCUUGAGUGCAAAAACUACCUACUCCGUUAGUCCUGGAGUACAGUUUUACGCCUCUUAUGACGUAAUUUCCUGCAAAACGUUCCCUUUCCAGCAGGACAAAACUACAGUACCUAACCCACUUCGCCUCUAUUUGCAUGCAUUAGUGCUCUUCACACGCCACUUUGACCCAGAGGGUCUUGAUCCUAACGAAAGAAGGGCCUUAGAGAAUCAGAAUCAGAACUUUAUGGAGAUUCUCCAACGCAUCUGUCCCAGCCCAGAAGAGGCUGCGGGAAAAGGGUAAGUCUUGAGACAUGUACUCCUGCCUGUUCUCACUUGCAAGACGAACUUUUCUCCAAACAACCGGCUCUGUGUCCAGAAGUGCGCUCUUUUGGGCAUCUCUUCACUAUCGAUCUUCCUGCGCUAGAAAAAGUAUUUAAAAAGAGUCGGGCUGAAAACUUCUUCAGGUUAUCUGUACUGUAUAUUAGUCAGCUGAGACAGUGGAGCAUCCAACUUCCGACUGUACAGGGCGAGAAAUACAACAACGAUAAUGCAAAUUUUAAUCAUUAUCAUGGUGGUCAGUGACUUUGAGGUAAGACGCAGGUUCGAAAACCAGCACGGCUCUUCUCUUGCUGAUAGUCAGUUUUACAAUAAUCAAGCCCUAAGCGAUUCGUCUUUGGGCUGUUCGUAACUUUUUCACGGCGGUUUAGGAUUGGGCAUGUGCGGAAACUCGUGAAAUGUGCACUCCACUCUUCAAAUACGUUUCCAAGCAGAAAUAAUCACGCAGUUGAAGUUACAGUGCCGUUUAGCGCAGACCAUGGUCCCAAGCCGCUGUAUGAAGGGCGACAUGUCCACUUCUGACGGGGUAGAUUUCCAACUCUCUGUGUAAAAUGAACUGUGGAGCAUAAAAUUGAACUGGCAUUAUGUAUUUUUCCAAUAUGUUUGCGAAGCUCUCAUAAAGUCAAUGACAUUUCCGAGAAGAAGAGCACAGAAAUUUCAUCUACUUUGCGCGCUUUUCAUAAAAUUACCUCUCCAAGCAUGUACUUUAGAGAAGUGGGCUCUCCGAUCUAUAGCAAGUUUGCAUUUAGGGAACUUUUGAGGCCUUCGCACUACUGUUCGUGAGAUCGGGUACUCUCAGGCGUUUUAAUGUCAUUCAAAAAGUAUAGAAGACAAUAUUCUAUGAGCACCAGAAGACCUCCCCGUACCGACAUGAAUGUGUCAGUUAAUUUUUUUCUAGAAAGCACAUAAUCUGAAGUGUCGAAACCUUAGAUAAGAUCAAACUCAGGCCAUGCCUGUACGUCGCCGCAUAGGGGCUGAGCCUUUUUUAACUUAGUUUUUCAAUCAACAGCUUGAUCGCACAGGACUAUUUCCGCAGCUUGUCUAAAGAUAGGAAGACCAUGUUGGCAGGCGAAUGUCAUCUUCUGGAGAUGUUCGUCCUGGUCACCUUUUGAAGAAGCAUUGAAGGGCAUAACAAGGCGGCAUUAAUCUAACAUCGGAGUACAAAUCUAGUUGCAGCGACGGAAUUCCGCCGGCCUUCUCGGACGUUACGCAUGAAGCCACAACGUUUUUUUGGACCAGCAGGAGGUAGGGAUCGGCCUCCAGUAAGAAAAGUAUACGGUCAUGUCUGUUUUACUCCUGUCGGCAGACAAACUAUAGGAGGGAGAAUAAGAGAUAUGGUAACCGGAAACGAAUGUUCAUGACGUUUACCAGAUCACCCCAGACCGUAAACUGAGAAUGAUUGGGGGGCGCCAUAGCAAUAUUUGAAGUCAGGACGUUUUCCGUCAAUCCUCCUGUGUGGCAUAUUCUCCUCUUUCGCACACACGGGUCGAAAUAUGGCAGGUACAGCGCUUCCGUUUCGAAGACCGGGGGAGUCCAUAUAGUGAUAAACGAAAGUCACCAUCUGGGUUCACUGCAGUCGAUUUAAAAUACCGACUGGACGCUGACGCACCAACAGCCCUUUCAACACAGUCUCCGUAGUUUUGACAGAUAAUCCGGGGAAUUGUCCGUUUGAUCAAUUUGUUGUUAUUAUAAAGUCGAAGUUAAAAGCAAAUCCUUGUUUGUUCUUCGACGUGACAGUCAGCGAACAACAUUCUUCACGUUUCAUACCAGUCAGUAUUUCUACCUCACUGAAACAUUGGUUGCCAGUUAAAAGCAUAUUAUAAAUGUCUAGUGCUUUAUAUUUGGUUAGCCUCGACGCAUACUGCUAACCACUAUUUUUUAUUAUGGUCGUUGCAGAGAGCGCUGCCUGGUUAGUGCAUUUGUUGGUUGCGGAUAGUUGCAGUGACGGUAAAAUGCUUAAAAGUAGUCGGCUUUUGGUCCAAUCCACCAAGAAUAGUAAGUGUACGUAAACUGACAAAGGACCCGAUUUUUGUAUUGGUCCGUCUCGAAUGACCGGAAUCACCGCAGCAACUUUACUACAGUUUGCGAAUCCUGUGCUUUCGUUGUGGUGGCCGGGAAUCUUUACUUUCAAGCCUAAAAACUUUCGAUGUAAAUUAUUCCUGAUAGAUGAAUUGGAUUGAGUCUCUACCGCCAACUUUGAGCAUGGACUAUGCGAAGGGUACUGACAACGAAUAAAACUGAGCAGUUAGUUUGUUUACUCCGAUCGAAAAAAUUCCGGCAUGCACAUAUAUGCACACAUUUAUUUUAGAUCCGACGAUAUUAUUCUCCAACUGAAAUAACUGGUUGAGUCGUAUCCCCUUAGCAAGAUAUAUUAUCAUCAUUGUUAUUGAGACGUACUGACUCGGGAGGCUUCCCAUUGGGCAGAUAGCUCGGUCCUUCUUUAGACUGAAGAGAAGGUUGUAAUGGCUGGCUCCCUUUAAUGUUGCCUUAUGCUUAAUCUUCAAAAUAGGGCAUCUGAAGAUCUCUUUUUAAGCUUGAUUCGUGCGCCUUCGCACACAUGGCACGAGUAGAAGUCGGCCAACCACGUCAGCUACUGUGCAUGCAUCUCUCUCCGGUCGUCCAGACUUUGUCAUGUCAUUAAAAGAGGACGUGUGCAACUUUUUACGUAAAUAUGUUUACCAGCUCCCUGUUGACGCUCGGUUUAUUUAUUUUGAGGGCUUUGGACAAGACAGGAGGGCAAGUUGCAUGCUGUCCCUUCCACAAUGUAUUCUCUCACAGUGGUUAACUAGUUUUAUUGCCGAAAAUUGAGACAGGUAACUAGCCACGCGAAAAAUGAACCCAACCUGUGAACUCGGUACUACUGUUUCCUCGGCUAGUCAAAGGGUAAAGGUCAUCAUUUACUGGUUGUCAUUUGAAACAGACACGACUGCAACUAGCAACAGGCCGGUUAUCCUCUGUUCACCGGUGCGAACGUUUUUUCGUCCGCGCCGACGAAAACUAGGAGCCUUCUUUGCGACAGAGAAGCCGUAACAAGUAGGCAGUACUUGCAACCUUUUCUGAUCGAUCCGCAACCAGAGUCGCCUGCUUGAAAAUGCGUUCGCGAGGCCCGGUACAGGGAAAGAAUUAAAUCACCCGAAUUAACCUGUCUGAACUGUCGGUUUCAGUGAUUUCUCGCUUUAUCCUGCUGGUGCCUAAUCCCGUCGAGUUAUGAAUCCCAACGACCAAACGACAACGAGAAUCCUGAUUGUAUUUGUCGGACUGCGGGGGCGGAGUUGGGGCGGCGGUUAUGCGAGCACGAACUGCCAGUACAUAGAGGUUAUCCCAGGUUGUCCCUUAAGUCCUAGAAAGAGACUAUGAUUUCAGCCUGGCCUGCACAUCGAUAAUCGUGCGGGCCACCAACAAAGUAGGCGAGGAAUUCGUUUAUGUCUGGGAUUUCAACAAAACGUGCUAAAGCGGCUGAUUUGACUCCUUUCGGUGUACCAGCCCUCAUAAACACAUUGUCUAGCAGGCGAAACCGGUCGCUCAGUGCCCAAACAACACUGGAAGUACAGUUCACUUGUGCUUACUUCUUUAUACUUUUGCUCUUAGACUCUGGUAUAACACCGAUAACCCCCGAGAAUGAAUGUUCCGUGGAAUUGACUGGAAAUUCUGUCCAUUAUUUGCAACAUUAUAGUUAUCAGACCCGAGUCUUUUUCCCUACAAAAUAAACAACUGUCUGCGCGUGUGUCUUCGUCACGUAACAUCGGUUUCCUGAUGAUACACAUGUGUGUACACUGGAUCCGUAGUGAGGCGAGUGGCAAGGCUCCUGAAGGAACGCUUUUCGUAUUUUGCCCCUAAAAGGGGGUCAUGUGGGAGUUGCGCUGGACCAACACGGAGGCCAGAUCAGGGUACGACACGCGUUACUGGACCACGCAACCAUGUCUAAUGCCGUACAUGGGCGAGGUGUGGCGGUACGCUUAGACGCAAGUUUUCGCCGCGCCAACCACCUGCGCCCGAUCCCGUCUCAGAUCUUCUUAACUCUUUAUUGACACCGGACGAAGGAGGGUGAGGAGGAGGGAGUGCGGUAGAUUCGGUGCAAGUCUGAUAUCAUUGUAAGGUAACGAUAGGGUGAAGGGCUCACAAUUAACUUAAGCUAGACUGUGGAACGUGUCAUACGUUGAAUAGUGGUAGAGGGGGUUUUGCGCGUGAGACAACCCACAGGACGGAGAGCAAGAGGACACAGAAGAUGGAUAAAUUUCUGUCGAAAGUCUUAUCGUACGCUGUCAUUUGGCAAAGAAAGUGGGCACGAUAAUUAAAAAAUAAGCAGAAUCAAUUUUGCAAAAUAAUGGACUUUGAAUAAAACACCGCUGGCAAGUUUCCAUUUAGUCAGGAAGCGAAUGAAACUCGAAACAAUGGGAACAGUGAAUAAUAAGUGAUGUUUACGGUCAAACUGAAUUUUAAGGUAUAUUUUUGUAGUUGUCAUCUACUUGUGGUUCCUACACCCUAUCGUUACUCAUUGUAAACCAACUCGCCUCUAAAUCGCCGUCCCAACGCCCACCUUGUUAGAGCGCACACAGUGGACACCACCGGGGACGGUCGAACUGUCAUUAAGCAGUGAAAGUUAACACCGCUUACUGCGAAACACCUAGCGACAGAAGCGGGGCUUCCGCUUUCCUACUCCUCUCCCCCCCCCCCGGCCAAAACUCUUCUGCAAAUCCCAUUCUGUGAGGUCCGCUACCGCGUUGUCUAUCGCAGCAUGGCUGUUUAACUGGUUGGCCCAAUUAAUUCCACAACAGACAGUGUUUACAUGGCUUUGUCAGCAGGUGUGUGUAUACGCGGGUGACCUGACCCAGACACUUGUUUGCGCCCUUGUCAGCAUUCUAACAAUUCCUGUCUGAUCUCUUGACCAGACCGUUACAUCGGACGCUUUAUUUCGUGCGUUUCUGAGGUCUGUUCCAGUUGCCUACCCAUGUGAGAAAUGCAGUUAGGCUUUCAAUGCCACUUACUGGAGCUUGUUUGUGUUUAUCGUGGAUUUACUCAUGCCGUAUUCCGCUGUGCAUUUGUUUUCCAGGAUAGCUUUAGUGAAUAGAUAGGCUGAGUGUGUUUACUAGAGAAUUGUCCCACAACGUCUCCUGUCACCCCUCUUUACCAUCCAUGGCAGUCAAUCAGCAAGCACCUUGCUGAUUGUUUGAAACCCAUUUUUUGCAAUGAACUCGGACGUGCAAAAACUCCGCAGGCCAAUAUGGGUUGCCUAACGGUAAGCUGAUCUUAACUUCGACUACAAACAACCCGUUCCGUGUGGAAGCCCUUCCGGCACAGUCAGUAAGAUGUAAGUGUACUGGAAGAGGAGCACUCACGUGCUCCCCGGCAGGAAAUAGGAAAAAGGACGUCCUCCCGUGAUACAAUUGAUCUUUCGUCAAAUUGCAGGAAAGUUACCUAUUGCCAUGUCCCAACCCUAACCUUAAUCCUAACCCUGACCUUAAUCCUAACCCUAAAUUUAACCUUAAUUUUAUUUCCACUCUAAACCUAGACGCAAUUCCCCUGGGCUAUGGCGCAAAGCUACCCCUAUUACGAGGUUCUUUUUCGCUUGAGCUGCCGGGAAGGGGGGGGGGUCACAGUAGUGAUCCUCAUCGGAUAAUGAUCUCUUCAGAGACUGUGACCUUAUCAAAUAUUUCAGAAGAGUUAAUCUCAAAAUUUUUCCUAAUAAAUGAUAUCACUGAGAUGUUUUGUCGAGAUUCGAUUUAUCUGCAAAUUGAACUGGCGAUAAAAAUCGAUCAGCCCCCGGUUUGUGUCACAGAAUUCCUUUUGACAAAGGUCAUUUGUUUUUCACAAAUCCCUCCCCAAAUUUCAGGACCGUAGAAAAGACCGACGAGCGGUCGUAUGAGGCCUCCGAGGAUCUCCUUCUAGAGGCCUACUGUGUCCCCUUAACGUGGGAGGAUCAACGUGCUGCCACCAAUGUGACCAUAAGACAUGCCCCGCAAGGUCAUGAAUUUGUGUACAAGGUAGGUCGUCGAUGUACCCAUAUAUUCGAACAAAACUCCGAGCUCAGGAGAAGAUGUUGUCAGAUAUAUCAAGUGGGUUGCGACAAACAUUCUGAGUACAACCCAGCAUCUACUCUCUUGUCAUACCCCUUUGAUAUAGAGAAGUAUCGGGAGACAGUACCAGUUUUUGCCUGUCGGAUUACAAAAUCAUCAUUUCGCACCUGUCUGCAGCGUGUCCCUUACUGCUUUGACUUGCUUACCUCACACGUCAUGUUAACACGAUGGUAUUUUGGGCGUCAAACUGCAGUUAUUCUCGAAGUGUAUAGCCCGAUUGCUUAGCUAGUUGACUUGAGAGGGGGAAAUCGACUUCAUUUCUGCCAAAAACUUUGAAUUGAAUGAGAGAGGACGCAAAAGCCAAAGUGUGCAGAACUGGUAAUAGUCUUUGUAAAAAUAUCUGCCCUUUCUACCAAUGUGCCUUCCAGGCAGAUUGCUGAGUCCAGUCCAACUACCAAAAGUAAAUGGUACAACCGCUUACAAGGACGAAGGCAGCGUUAAUCAGGUUCCACUGUCAGAUACUGUGCGCUCGAAGGAACAUCAUUCAGACUCUGUAGUUACCUUUACCCUGAAGUGUCUAGCCCGAUAUCUGCGUGCAGCCUGGAACAAGGUAAUUAUUCAUCAAUGCCUGCAACAUUAUCCGAAAUUCAUAAACCCUUGAUGGAAAUUCUCCUGUGUUGUGCAAUCAGAGGACCCGCCUAAGGAAUGUCACAAUGUAAACAAAUAUAGAAAACAAAACCACUACAGCCUUCUUUCUAUCAAACAUUCCUUGUCCCUUGUGAUAGUCUAACCUAAGUGUUACACAAGUACUACAUAUCUUCCAAUUGUUCUCUGGUGCUUACAUGCAUACUUGGCCGAGUGUUUUUGGAAAGAUUUGCUACAGGCUCACUCAUAAAGGCUUUUUCAGGGAAAUCGUACAAUUCGAAAAUCGGUGUUGGAAAUUGCAAAAAAUGCUUGUAUAAAUGUUGCAAUCUUUUAAUUUUUAAAUGGUGUGAUCAAGCAUAACCGUAUCUGUCAGUCUCCUGCUCACAAAGCGUAUCUGUUGCUCCACCUAUUUACAGACACGUUAUGAGCUUCGGGAUGUUCCGAUAUAAAUGAGUUUUAGUUAGGCGGUAGGAUGCUUUUGGAAAAUGUUCACCGGUGCGUUCUGGAAACCUUAAAAACACGCGGAUUUAAGCCAUGUUCUUAAGGCUGUAGGAGUUUCGUUACUUUCAAUUUUAAGAUAUUCAACAGCUUCACGUUCUGACGCUUAGGAAUAAAUAAUUGUCUGUAGAAUGAGUAAUACUGUCUGGUGGAAAAUACUAGUUUCCUAUAGGCAUUUUGCAGCUAAGGAAGGAUAUAUUCAGCUGAAGAAACUUUCUAAUGAAGCCAUGGUGAGUAGGAAGUCGUGUCCUUGGUCAGAAAAUGCUAUUAGCCUAUUCUCCGUGCGUGCCAUUACUUACAUGCUGUUUGAGUAGGACGUGCUACUGGAAAACACCCGGGGGUUUGCGUGAAUGGCUCCCGACACAACACGCCCUUGAUAAAAUCUCGUUCUCUUAAAGGCUUAUUCCAUACUUCAGGGCGCUUACUUACUCCGUUUUCACGAUUCGACUCCUCUCUUGUUGGCGAUUGAGAGAACAGCCGAAGUUUUCUCAACUCCUUAGUUUUUGACUGGAAGCUUCUCUCCAUAUUUUUCCUUAUUUUUUGGAGCUCACUGUUCCCGAUACCAGUAGGUUUUUUAAUCGGUGUACACUUUAUAAAUACGUUGAUGAAUGCAAAUAGCAAACAGCUGUUGCACGCACAUGAAAUGGCUAUACCUCCUCAAUUCUUCAAAAAGCAACUAUGCGAAUGUUUUUUCUUUCCGAAAUUGCUGAAAUUUAUUGGUCAAACCUCUGUGUCACCCACUGUAUCCACCUAACUCGUUGCCGCUGGACAGAUCCCGGAUCCAAUAAGACCAUCACCACAGAGCACUCCCAAACUAGACCAAAGCGUAUUUUUUUUCAGAAGAGUAUUCCUCAAUAUCCCCUGAUCAUUUUCGGUGAGAACCUAGUAAAUGUCUGCUUGUCCGACAGAAGAUGAAGCAGUAUGCAGUCGUAGGUUGGAUGAUUCAUUUUUUACUAAAAAACACUUGAUUAUUUAUGCGACCUCCUUGUCUCCCUCUCUUCGGCAGCCACCCCGUCCCGUGCGGGGAGUUGCUAGCCCGAUAAAGGAUUUCCGCGCACUCCAGGAGGGUUAUGCUCACACAUCGGCCUACCCAGACACUGAGGUUCAUCUGCAGCCCGACUUCAUCGUUUCGGCCAAGUCAGCCAUCGCCCGUGGUCCCUACCACCGACAUACUCGAGCCAAGCUCCGCACUCUGACCUAGUGAGUUGCGCUACUCACGACUGCAUGUUUGUGAAAAAGCUUCCAUUUAAAGUGUAUACCAACGAAUUAAGAGAUUGAAGAAAGUAGGUUUCGAGGCUCACUGUUGUCAUAUCCGAGCGAAUACUGCAGACCUGUGUCAACAGAUUGGUGUAUGUGCUGUUUCAGAGAAGAACAAGCUGGUGGUUCUUGGCGUGAAAUGACCUGCGGGUGUAUUGAGCCCCAGACGGACAACUGUUCUGCAAGGUCCCAGUAUCACGGGAAACUCGCGCAACUCCUCUGUGCAAGAGAAUUUCGCGUGAUUCAAUUUGCCGUAGUCUGGUCUGUCGUCUGCCACCCUGUAGGAGGAGUUUCACUGGAUUCACUUGGUGACCCACCAGAGUCUCUGCCUUCUUGUCUUGUCGGUUUGUCUCGAGCCUGGUCGUCUUAACCAUUCUGAGGUGCUCUCCGAUGUCUGUUAUUUCAGGGCGUCGGAGACACAAAUUCUUCAGACAGAGGAGGAUAUGGAUGUUGGAUCUUAAGUUCCCUUUUCGACUGCAAAAUUCCAAUAAAGUCGGUGGCCUAAAUCACCGUCAUCACGGCUAGUGAUUAGUUACUGGGGAAGAAUGAGAAACGGUAAACACCCUGUGCUCUGAGUCCCAAAAACACUGAGGUGGGUGCAUCACGCGUUUCGGUUAGACGCGAUAAUCGACCGGUUUGUUAUCCAAGAAUGAGGUUGGGUGGCUUUCCUAGGGAGGAAUCGAGUUUCCUCUAAGGUACAUUCUUUGACUUCACAGCAAGUGUCUCACUUAUGGGAGGAGGAGAUUUCAACAAGAAUGAUUACAGGAGUAUUAUGCUUCACGAUUUCGUUGUACAGGGUACUACUGGGUCUGAAUUCCUUUCCACGAUGUCACGCUGUUUACAUGCACACACGAGCGGUCUUUUGCGAAAGUAACUACGAUUAGGAUAAAUAAAACAGGGUGAAAUUCACAGAUUAAAUUCACGGGCUUGCCUAUAUUAAGGUCCAUUCCGAGCUACGUCAGUUUUGUUUCUUUAGAUUAUUAAUGUAACGAGAUCUGGCUUUAAGAUUGAUGCAACACAAAGCGAUAUUUUGCACGAUCACUGAGCUUGCCCUGUAUGUGUUGUUCUGAGGGUUUAUUUGCCAUCUAAGGUUGACACAAACAACGCCGACGUUACAUAUGCCUCCCAAGUUCUCUUAUAUCGAGGCAGCUUAACCGCGUAGAUACUGAUUUUCUUCUUCGGAACAGUACAACGCACUCCAAACCUGUGGGGGUAUCCGUUUUGGAGAAGGCUAAUUAUGGAAACCUGAUGCAAAAAAGGAUAUGCACAUCCCAUGCCAAAGUUUUGAUUUUCACAACAUAAACAUUUUGUACAUCAUGCGAAAAGCCAAUAUGUGGCCGUUUCGAAGCCAUAAGUCCACUCGGAGUGAGUCAUUGCUGCCCCACCUAAAGUGUUGUCAGUGUUGAUUCGUUUCUGCCCCUCUGAGUGUUAAGGCUGUAGAGAGUUUUUAAUUCCAACAAAGCAACCUGAAGGCGACUGUGAGCACCACUCGCCUGUCGGUCAGUGAUAACUCCUUUUCGAAACGCAACCACUGUUGGAAUAGAAGAGCUCUAAACGCAGCGCUGCAGCCGAAACGUGUGAAUAGUAGGAUAAGGCAAUGAAGUGAUACCGGUGUAAGUUUCGCAUGCUUGCAUUGCAAGGUUAAAAACGACAAUUUGGAAUACCGUGGCUGGAAACACCCUUUAAAUAUAUCUGAAAGCAGGUUAUUAAAUUAGGAAUAGCCCAGACAGGCAGGAGGGACAAGUAAUUAACGAGGCGGUAAGAUGUGGUUUGGUAGCCCCACCUGGACACUACUGUUGGCGUGGGUGUUAAGCGUUAGGAUUUGGGUUAGGGGUAAAGGUUAAAUGUUAGGUUUAGCUGUUGGGGUUUAGGAUAAGGGGUUAUAGUUAUGGGUUGGGGUUAUGGUUAGGAGUAAGCGCAACUAUUUUUCAACCAUUGAAAUUACAACCACGCACUCCGAAUAGCUUUUCUUUUGCUUACAACAUGAUACAUGCAACAAAAUGAUAUCAGUGUAAGUCUUGCAUUCUUGCAUUGAAAGGUUAAGAACGUCAAGUUGGAAUACUCUAGCGGGAAACACCCUCUAAAUAUACCUGGAAGCAGGUUACUAAACUAGGAAUAACUCAGACAGGUAGAAGGGACAAGUCAUUAACGAGACUUCAGUGUGAAUCCCUAGUCAUUUAGCAAAAGGCAAUACUGACUUCCCAAUUCACAUGUCCGUUCCAAUGGAACGCGCCGGCUCCCCUCGACGCCUUAACAUUAGUCUUAAUCUCACUCGGGACGUUUGAUGCCUAAAGUUUUCCGGACUUUUGGAUGCAUGUGAGGUCCAACAAUCGUCCGGAUUGCUAGGCCGAGGCUGUCCCGACUAGCGCUUUAGGUUGGUGGAGCCCACUCACAAGAUAAAUCACGACAAGGGAAUUUAUAAAAGGUCUGUUUUGCGAUUGCUUUGUCACAAUGCUGUCACCAGACUGCAUCAGGUCUCAGCCCGCAGCAUUUUGGUAAGAUUGCUGCUGUCGAUUCACUACGGUUUAUCAGCUAGACGCACAAGUUUGCCUACUUCACAGCCAGUCCUCACUGAAAAUUGUUCAACCAUUCGCCCUCCGUGAACGCGAUGAGUACCUAGAAGUUAAGCUAACACGCAGACCAGUCUUCCUAACUAGAGGCGACGAAGGAGAGUUUGCUCCCAACUCCAGGUCGGAAAAUUUCAUCAAGACAGGGAGCUGAUUCUUGAACUGUCGGUCCUGUUUGCCGAAGCAGAGGAUGGGUUGAAUUCUCCAGGCCCGCUUCCAUUCAUCAUCGGGCGUGGAUAAGUACUGUCGGCAACACCCUUGUGGCCGACUCGAUCCGACAUGAUCACAUCCCUAUCCAUUAUAGACGUAAUUUUUUUCCUACAUAGGCUUCGGAUAUAACUGCUUAAUGACGGUAGAUAAGGCACAAGUGGUCAUUCCAGUCUCCCUAAUUUUGUCAUCUGUACGCUUCACACUUAUAUGGAGCUCAAAAGAGACUAAAGUAUGUUAUUAAGGUGUUGGGGACUAAAUAAUUCGAGUGGUCAGAAGCAUUACAUUAGGGAUCGCAUACAAACGCGGUGUAUGGAGGGGAUGGAAAGAAAUGCUUGACAUAUGGCGUCCUAACGCAACACAUUCCGUGCGUGCUGCCUCCCUAUAGGUCUGAAACGCUAUCAUUCUCAAUUGUCCUACACCACACUUCAGGCAACUAUGUGGCGUCAGUUUAGACUAUAGUAUAAGACUGGGAUAUUCUUCCUACAUCGGUAUGUUAAAGAUGAGCCUCCCCCCACUUCUGAAGCCGUAACGUAGAAGUAAACGUGCUUCCCCAUAGUUUUGGAAGGCAGUUUAUGUCUCUAUGAGUAUGAAACACUUUCUGUGGUUUUAUCGAGAGUUUUUGCGUCUUCAAUCCGUAAAAAUUCCUAUUUACGUAUGUGCCAACUACGACCCAGGCUAACGUUAUGGCCUUCUCUUUGUUUCCUUUGCGAAGCACAAGUGAAGGGCGGCUGAAUUUCACUUUCCGGCCUUAACAGCAUUCACGGUCAACAAAACGUGUGCGUUGUAAGACCGAUAGCAUGUUUUGGAAAGGUUUUAACGACUGGAUGACCAAAUAAACCCCAUUUGCAUUAUAUUUUUGCAGGGAAUGACCUAAAUUUCACAUCAUAUUGCAGACGUUUUCGGAUGAAAACGCAUACACACCUAGAAAUUUGCAUAAGUUCUGGACGAUCCCUUCAUAAUUACAGUAAAUGUGGUUUCUCGUGCAGUAUAACAUGAAAUUCUGAAAUGUUUUCGAUUUGAUGCGAUGCUGCAUGAAUGGAAAUUUCACGGUCUUAAAUAUCCCAUAACUAGAAAUUUUUCCAAAACCGAAAGGUGCCCUUUUUCAAGUAAAACAUUUAAACAAGACGUAAUAACAAAUUAGUAAAAGAGAGAAUAUUUUCGUGAGUGUUUCCUGCAUAAUUCAUUUAGAUUUUGACGAGUGUCUAAAGUUAGCGGGGAAAAUUUGCACUGCAUAAGCAAUUAUUUUUUUAUCGAGCGUAUUUUUUGUAGACGGCAGAAAAGAAGCUCAGUCAAAAGCCGGCAUCCUGGUCUGGAUGAAAUAUCUUAGGAUUAUGUUGUGCGAUAAUUAAUAUUACAACCUAGAUUGCGUAAUUUUUUCGAAUAAUUCAUACUGACCCAACUAUGGAAAACUCGGUAUCUCAGUGUGAUUCGAACCCAGGAAAGCAAAGGGAAGGCUUCAGUACAGUCAACGCUCUAGCCACACGAACUAGGGGGCGUAACUCAGGGACAUGAGUCUAAUUACAUUUGGGUCACGUUACCCACCCAACCUACUGCAGUGUCUAUUAAUUACGUGUGCCUGGUAGUCAUCUGGUGGAUUCUAGAUGGAUUUCUUAGGAAAUCCUGCUUGGAUAGUCAGCUUACUGUAUCAGAUUUGGUGGAUUCUAGACGUUGCAGUAGGCUGGGCGGGUAACUUGACUCAAAUGUAAUUAAACUCACGUCUCCCGGUGGGACCUCGAAGCUCAGGUGGCUAGAGCGUCCGGCUGUACUAAAGCCUUCCGCUUGCUGUCGUGGGUUCGAAUCCCACUGAGGUCGCCGAAUUUUUCACAGUCGGGUGAAUAUGAAAUCUUCGAAAUCUAUUAAUAUUCUAGAAUAACGGCCAACAUUUCAUGAGAUAGAACAUCUACUGUAUCUUGCAAUUUCAAUAUUACGGAGAAAAAACUAAAUUUGCGGGAAAACCAUCUCGCCUACUUAGAAUUUUCAGGCGACUUUUCGAGUUCCAGACAAAGGAAAGAAAGCCCACAUACCGCUGACUGUUGCGACGGCGCUUUGGGCGUAGGGUUGUCACCCUCGUUCCGUCUGCUCUUUUAUCGGGUGUACUUUUUGCACAUCGCUCUGUGAAAAAGCAUUUGUCCUGAUAGCAUCCACGAGUGCUGAUUUCGCCGAUUCCACUGUUUAUUUCACCGACUAGCCAUGGUAAUGACCUAAAACUAGCAUGGAAGCGUUAGUUCGGAACAACUGCUGUUACGUGCUUAUUGUGCCUUCAUGCGCUUAUUCCUGAAUGAACCAUAGGUGUUUCCGCUGACUAAAUGGUCUAGGUACGAUUUCACUGCCUUACACGCCCGAAAGAACUCUUCGCACCCAUUGAGCGUCUACAAUUUGGAGAUUACCAGCUCUAGCAGAUUUCAGCUGACAUGACUGUCAGCCUCUGUCGGGCUCCGGCCCUCUAGCACUCACAAGUAUGUCUGCUUGAACCGCCUGCCCCUUAGCGGGUAAUUUGGUCUCGUCGCUCUUCGUUGUAUGUAGCUUUGCUACCCGCUUGUUAACGUGUCCAGUACUUAUUGAUGAGAAAUAGUUUUUGGUACUUAAUCUUAUGACAUAUAUGAAAAUAAGAAUAACUUGGUAGAAAAACUGUGCUACCGACCUGACUCUAACCGCUAAACAGCUGACUUAUCUGGCUCAUUCCUGUGGGCAAAUUAACUGACUAUGAGAGUCACCCAAGCCGCUAAGCGACAAAAUGACUCACCUACGUUAAGGAUCAUUACCCAUCUCAGGCGAGGAAUGAAAACGAUUGCCAGAAAUUUGCCUAAUCCAUUUCCAGCUAUAUUUGCCCGGUUUAGACAUGUGUUUUGCAACUUCCUUUUCUGAACUAGCAUCAAAUGUAAGAACUUUGAAGAGCCUCACAAGAGGAAGGAGCCGGUGAACAUCUUGGCACCAGCCCCAGUGGACGUUGCUUAUGAGGAGAUGUUCGCAUCCCUACCGGAGCACAAGUAUGGUCCUCGAGGCCUGAUGGAAAUCAGCUCCAAACGUUGUCUUCUCCAGGAUAAGAUGAAACAGAGACCGUUCCCGCGCUGGCUGCGGCGCCGUUCUUCGCCCACUUCCGACUCCCCGCCCUGCUCGCCGAGUCGCUUCGAUGUUAAUCGUCGCGCCCAACUGGUAAACCCCCACAUGAAGCUGGCGAAACUCGGACUGGUGCGCUGCAAGUCACCACCUCCUCCCAGGGCGCCCCGUCGCGCCUAUGCGGUCGGCCUAAAUGCUAAUAACAUUGCCGCGGCCGAUUGGCUUCGAAAACCUUGUGAAAGGACUCGUCUCCCACCCAUCUCUCAGAAACUGCCAAGUCGCGGUUCAAAGGCUGCAUGCUGA